UAUUUUUCUUUAAUUGUCAAACGCCACACGUCACAAAAAGCGUAUGCAUUUGCAACGUUUACAUUAAACUUUGUUAGUGCUCUUUUGAGGAUGAAUUAUUUCAAAACCUUUCAAAUAUGCAAUAAAAACCGUAUGCAGAAUGACGGAAGACGACGAAAUAGACAUUUUAGGCGAUUUGUCGGUUGAUAGUUCAGUUUCACAGUCUGAAAACUUUGAUAUUAGUGCCGCUUUGGGUUCACAAAACUCGGAUUUAUUAACGUGUGAUUACACUACACCAUUAUUCCUAGACAAUUCAGGUACACACGCCUUAUGGUUUUCUAAUGGGAAUUCGUACUUCUCGUCAGAACUGCAAACAGAACAUUUAGCAAAUGCUCAGCAAGAAAAAGUGAAUUCCAGCAAAGAAAUACCAUCAACCUCAUCAGGUAACAUUGUCAGUGAUUCAAGUGGAUGGACAAUAAAAGAGAAAGGUCUGCUGUGCAAUGGUGUCCAAAUCUUUGGAAAAAACAAUGUGUGCUUGGCUAAAUUUAUAGGUAGUAAGUCAGCUGAUGAAGUCAACUUUUAUUUAAAACAUUUUUAUGAAGAUCACUUAAAAAGUAUGUCAUCUGAUUCCUUAAAUUCUGAUACAAAAAUUGUUUCUGAUUGUGAAACACCUGCAAGCAUAGAAGAAGCAAUGGUGAGUGUUAGUACUGCUAAACCAACAGUUCCAGAAACUUCCAAGAGGCUCACCAAAAAUGCAGGAAGAAAAGGAAGUAAAAAUGAUAAAAAAGGGUUUUUUUUUAAGCAAACUCAAAAUUUAUUAAAGAUAAAUCGUCAUUUUAAUAUGAAAAAUAUUCGUAACAAAAGGGGCAAAUUUAAUGUUAUUAACAAAAUAAGACCUCCUGAAAAUCCAUCAUCUCUCCCUCUGACUCCUACCAAAAGCAUGCAGUUACAGGGAGAAGAAGUUGUAAAAAUAAAAAAAUUGAAUCCUGAAGAUGCUGACUUUGAUGUGGAUGUUGACAUUGACAUAGAAAGUCUUUCAGAAGAUGAAAGCUUACAAACCAAUGGAUCUCUCAAUAAACAAAUUUUGACUCCUGUACCAACUCCUUCUUUACACAUAUCAACUAAUGAUAAUUCAUGUAAAAGGAACUCCUUAACUUUAUCUAGACAAAUAAAAAGGAAAUUUUUAAAUAAUGGAGAAGGAGGUAAAACAUUGGCACAUGGGGCUGAUGGUGAAGUUAUACAUACCACCAUUGUGGAUGAAAGUUCUGCUAAGAAGGCAACACCAACAGGUCCUAAAAAACCACCUAUUCAACUUAUUUAUUGCAGGCCCUUUAACGAACAAUUUCCUCAACCAUUCAACGUUUUAAUUCAUGUUUCCGCCCUCAUCUUAAUGGAUCUCCACGCUCACACUUGUUAUACAGAAGUGAUGGGCUUAGUAGGAGGAAGUUGGAACGAGAAAACAGGUCAAUUAACCGUUACAGCUUACCAGCCAUGUCGUAACACUUCUGAUUCUGCCACCCACUGCGAUAUGUGUCCGGUAACGCAGGCGAAGGCCGCGGAGAACAUACACGCCGAAGGCUUGGAAGUGGUGGGAUGGUUUCACUCUCAUCCUACAUUCUCUCCUGAACCUUCACAACAAGAUAUAGAAACACAGGUGUCAUUGCAGAGCUGGUUAGGAGGCAGAGAUCGGCCCUGUCUUGGAAUCAUUUUGACCCCAUACGAUACCCUAGGCGGACCUUCGGCUCCGUCGAACAUCCGCUGUCUGAUUGCUCAUAAAAAAGAGAACACAGAGAACCAAUUUGUGCCUUACAAAUUUAAGACACGCAUUUUUGCUGAAGGAUUACAUGUGAAGGAGUUUUUAGAUAAAGCAAGAAAAGUCGUCGAAUAUGUUAGGAGAACCAAUAGCAAUAAUGUCUUUUUGAAGGACUAUUUUUUGGACAGGAGUUUGAAACACCAAGAGAAGUUUUUGAGCAGUGUCAAGAUGAACCUUAUUAAGUGCGAGAGCAUCAACAAGAUGACAUGUGACGCAAUUACCAACGGAUUGUUAAAUAUUGUCGGUAAUUAUUAACUUAUUACUGUUCGUAUUUCGG